GGAGAACUCUAUCUUGUGUUUCUAGUAGUAUCUUUGGAAGAAGGAAGAAGCCGACAAAAACAAAACUAAGUGUUUGAUCCUUGACGUCAGCCAAUGGCCGCUUGAGUAUUUACAAUUAUAGCUAGCUAAUGUAUAUACUUGGUGUGAUUUGAAAAGGAUUAGUCUACUAUCAGGGUUUAUAAGUGUUUACUAAGUGGAAAAGAAUGGUGAGAUCAUGCUGCCAUCAAGAAUUCUGGUCACGAUUCUCUUUGACAGCAUUCUUUUAAGCAGAGAUGUUCUAUCUAGUGAACAGUCAUCAGAAGAAACUUGGAAAGAUCAGACAUGCCAGCCUGUAACACAGGAUAAUAAUUCAAAGCACAAAAGCUCAAAGCACCCAAGUUCAAGUAGCUGUGGCAACUUUUCUGAAUUUGAAAGACUUUCGAUUCCUGAACCUGUGAGAGUUUAUAAAACUAAGAGUGGGACCGGAGUGCACAUUUUCGAUGAUGUCUUCACCUUAACAAGCUUGUUAUUAUUGGAGCGGUUCAAUAUGAUCGCAGCAAAAUGGAGGUACAGAGAAGGCAACGUACGUUGUUUUGCACCAUGGACUGCACCAUUGAACCCGAAUAAGAUAGCAGAUACAGGCUUUGGAAGGUUACUCCAACAAGUCGUAGCAACUGUCAGUGAAAAGACGGACAUGCAAUUAUCCCAUGUUGAGCUCAACAUUGUAAGACGACAAGAUGCAAAUAAAGUUUUUUUUGGUAGUGAUACUGUCGGCAGUGAGUUUUCAGCUGUGAUAUACCUGAAUCAGAUAUGGCGAAAGGAUAACUACGGAGACGCUAUAUUCUAUGAGAGAGAUCAGAACUUGGCGCUGGCUAGCAUCAAGCCAAAGUAUGGCCGCCUUCUUGUUUUCGACAGCACUAUUGGUUUCUUGCCUAGGCCACCUAGUGUCGGCUUUAGGGCAGGCCAAUUGUUUUUAGUGGCCAAGUUCAGUACCAACCAAACGCAUAUAGCAGAAAAUCAAGCCAUGUUUGAGGCCGAAGUUAAAGCUAAGAAAAAGAGCACUGUAGAAUUAUUUUCCAGUAUGCCAUUGGUAGAGAACACACAGAAAAACAUUGGGGAACAUUUUGUGAAACAAUACAAGUCUGCAAAUGGUAAAAGAAUUCUUGUUUUUGACAACCUCUUUCUGGAAGAAGAUCUCAAGAAAAUACAACACCAUGUACUUAACUUUGGUGAUUUUUAUUAUGAUGACAGUUUUGAUUUUGAUAGUGAUAAUGUGGUUUGGAUCGCAGCAUUUUCUGUCGAUGGCUUUGUUCGUAGCCGAAUGUGGCCCAUUGUACAGCAAGUGGCUUCAUUCUCAUCAGGUAAAGACACAUGGUUUCCGUAUGACAUUUCAUGCAAUGUUAUACGUAGCGCAGACCACACACGUAUCCACGAAGACUGCGAGGAUCAUGAGGAGGAAUGGACUUUCCUUCUGUACCUGACUCCAGAUUGGUCACCAAAUUAUUACGGAGAAACUGCAUUUUUUGAAAACACGGACGAUGAUUCUGAAGUAAUUGCUACUGUUCUGCCGAAGUAUGGAAGAGUGGUGAUUUUUGAAGGGAUUAUUCCACAUUCUGCAAGACCUCCAAUUUCUACAUUCAAUGAAACAAGACUUUCUUUUGCUGUGAAGCUCUCAAUCACUGAAGAAAUUGGCAGGAGGAAAAUGUUCCUACAGAGCUUUGAUCACGAACUUGCAUUGCAUUAUGUUGCCAAUACCAUUCUGGAAAAACAUGAUCUACCAGAAUUUGAAACGUUAUAUCAAAGGUCACUAAUAGAACAAAUUGAUGAGCAGAGGGAGGUAGACUGGAGAUUAGCAGCGUACUCAUUUCGGGGAGAAAAAACUGAUGAUUCAGUAAGGGAAGACAAUAUUAACAAAGAGGAUAAAGGUGAUGAGGAUGAUGAUGAUGAUGAUGAGGAUGAAGAAUUUGAAGUUGUGACAGAACGUGAAGAUUAUAUCUACAGUUUGUUGAAGAAGUUUGCAGAUGAUUCAGACAAGUUAAAAUUCCAUUUCCAAGAAUUUUUGGAUGAGUAUAAAAGCUUUGAACAUGAAUAUGCAAAAAAGGUUUUAAACAUCUUUUAACUUUCUAAUUUUGAAUACUUUUGUGCCAUUACAUAAUUCAUGUUUAGGAAUAUUUAAAUAUUAUAUUUGUUAGGUGCUGGUCAUGAAGAUUUUUUAUUAAUAUAUCCUUUUUUUUUAAAUAUUAACAUUUUUAUCUUUCUCAUAUUUUUUUUUUUGAAUUUUGAAAUGAUGCUUUCUCAUACUUGUUUUUGAAUUUUGAAAUGAUGCUAUUUAGGAACAUGCACAAUGUAUGCAUAAUGAUACCUUCAAAGCUUACUAAAAAGUUAUGUUGAAAAUCACUUGCGGAAAGGUUACAACUGUGUAUUCCAUAGUGGUAUACUUGGCUUUAUUUACCAAAUACGUAGUUGGAUUCCCCUGAUUUGUUUUGUCUAGACGAUAAAUAUAUGCACACACGUGUAGGUGAUGUGUGUGUACAUUUAUGAAUGAAUAUAUAUACUUGGCGAGUUGAAUGGCUGAGAAUUUAAGGCAGGGGCGCCGCUGGUUCGAGUGACAGGCUUGCCUAAGGUUUUGGUGGUGGAACAAGUCUUCUCGGAGAAGAACUACAAACUGUAGGCCCAGUAUACACAAUUGGCUCAUGUGAACCCAGUACUGUACAUCUUUGAAGAGGAGUAGGAGGUUACCCAAGUGUACUGGUCCAUAUAGCCCGAUGUAACUGUAAAUGUAAACAAAGUAUGUAUAUGUAUGUACUGUAUUAUUUUUAUGUAUAUAUAUUUAUCAAUAGCAAGGCACUGUUUUUUGCUUAAUGUUAUGACCUACUUCCAUACCUUGUGUCAUUGAAGUGCUGUAGGAAUAGGGUUUUACAUGCAAGUAAAUAUUUCCCAUGCAGGCCCUACUUUUUAGUGAAUAAUUUGACAUAAAAAAAUACAUUCCAUAUCAUCAGCUAUAUGUAAUGAGUUUGGACUAGUUGGUGCUUUGGUAAGAAAGAGGAAACAAAGAGGUAAAAAAUUUAUAAUUCUGGCACCUCAGACUUAAAUUGGAAUAUAAUUAUCUUUCAUUUUUCUCUUUUUUUAAUAUACAGUAUAAACAGAGGGAGGGGUAGGGCCUCUUGAAUUUGCCACCGACAGUAGUAGGUCAAGGUAAAGGUGCUUUUUUCAUUUCAAAUUCAGGUCCAGAUCUCAAAUCCAGUAAAACCAGGAUAACACAAUUUCAUUGUUUUUCUAUGAAUUUCCAUAAUUUUUUAAUGAAAUAGUAAUUUAUCCAUUGCAAUUUGUUGAACUUAGGAAAUUUCUAAAUAUACUGUAGUUGAAGGUCAGAUUUGCUUUCUUUGCAUUUAAGGCUCUUGUGCACAUGCCAUUGUUUUUGUAAAUUAGUCUUCCAAAUCUUAGUAGUCAUAUUUUGUAUUUAACUUUUCACUUGCUAAUAAGAUUUAUAUUGAAAGUUUGAAUUGAUUUAGCCUAGUGAGGGUGUUGGCCAGGGAACAGUUAAAUUACAUUCUAUUUCAUAUGAGAUAUUUUCUAAAUAUUUUUAUAUAUUUAUUAUAUGAAAUAUUUUAGUAUUUAAUAUUUGAGGUACAGUAUAAGUAAUAUAUAAAAAUAUUAAUAUGAAUCAUACCCCUCAUCAUAAUUUUUGGAUGAGCAUAAACACUUUAAACAUGAAUAUGCAGAAAAGGUUUUAAACAUCAUGUAACUUUCUAAUUUUGAAUACUUUUGUGCCAUUACAUAAUUCAUAUUUAGGAAUAUUUAAAUAUAAUAUUUGUUAGAUGCUGGUCAUAGAGAUUUUCUAUUAAUAAUAUUUCCUUUUUUUAAAUAUUAACAUUUUAUUUAUUUUUCUAUUGUAAAAAAAUUGUAAACAAUUUUAUAAAAUGUUUGUUACACUUUGUCCACACUAUCAAAUUUGAUGUGACAAUCUUGCGUGAUAUGCCCAUAUGCGGGCAUGAUGAGAUCGUACAGUUGAACUUGCCAAAGUCAAAUCCAAAAUGACAUUGAAUGAACUUGACUAAGUCGAAUCCAAAAUGAUAACAAAAAAAUUGUUCGACUUAAGCCCAGCCCCUUGGAUAUUGUUGCUAUUACUAUUGUUGCACUGUUCUGAUUGGUCAGUUGUUAAGCUUGAUUGACAUUUCAGAGAGGUCUAUUAUCAGUGGUGUAUCCAGGAUAUUGAAAUGGGAGUGCUGAAUAGGAUUAUUACAUCCAACGAGUUUUACGCACGGUGCAAAACAAGGAACGGAGCAUUUUAAUAGCAAUGACUGGACCACAAAUUAGUUGUACAAUCUAAACAUCUCAAGUAACUUACUUAGUUAUUCAUUCCCAUUAAUUUUUUUCAAGUUUGAAUAAAAAAACAAAACUGGUUAUAGCUUGUUAUACUUUCUCUAUCAGUUUCUCUCUAAUUAUCUGAACUGCUAUAUUUUGAAAUAAACAAAAAAAA